CAGCGCGCGUCCGGCAGGUCAUGGAGGCGCUGUGGGCCGCCCUGGACGAGGUGGCCCUGGAGGGGCUGGACGGGGUCACCCCUGGCGCGCUUUGGGAGCGGCUGGCGGGCCGCGUCCCGCCCUUCCCGCUGUCGCUGGAGCCGGGCGCCCGGCAGCUGCUGUGGGCCACGCUGGCCGCGCACGCCGAGCUCCGCUUCUACCUGCUGCCGCAGCCGCGCCCGCCGCUGCGCCUCUUCGACCGGUAUGAAGAAAUUGAUCUUGAAACAGGAAUUCUAGAGAGCAAGCGGGAUCCCGUUCCGUUAAGCGACAUUUACCCGGUGCAUAUGAUUUUGAAUGACAGCGAAGGCGUGCAGGGCUCCUGCCAAUACUUGAAAGAGAGGCUGGACGUUACUGAUCAGAUCAGGACGAAGGACAUGCAGCCCUGUUGCACGUAUACGGAGGCUUAUGAGAAUUGGGGAGAGAGGCUGGUCAUUGUCGCCUCCCAAGUGUUGCGCCACCGGUCACUAAUAAGUUGGGAAGGGGAUCCAGACUUAAAGCUUCCUGACUUCUCCUACUGCAUUUUGGAGCGAUUAGGACGAGCUCGCUGGCAAGGAGAGCUCCAAAAAGACCUCAGUGCGGCUUUUAAGGUGGAACCUGGAAAGCUUCACUAUCAUCGAAAAGUACUGAACCGAAAUGGGCUGAUCUCAAUGCAAUCCCACGUGAUUAGGUUGCCUACGGGGAUUCAACAGUACUCCAUUCUUCUGCUUCUUACCCGCUUCCAUAUUGACAGGAGGAGCAAAUACGAUAUUCUUAUGGAGAAACUCUCUGGCAUGCUGAGCAGCCGGCCAGGUCAGAUGGAAACACUGGGCAACAUAAAGGAGGAAUUGGGUCUCUGUGAAAAAACCUUUAAGCGCCUCUACCAGUACAUGCUGAAUGCCAACCUGGGCAAGGUGGUUUCUGUUCCGCUGCAGGAUAUAUGCUCUGGUGGGAGGCCUUUCAAGACAAAGAAGGGAACUCACGCCAUAGUUCGCUGUUUAAAGCUGGUGAAGGAAUACCAGAAGAAGGUGGCUGACUUCCACGACGACGACGAUGAAGAAAUGGUCACCAGAACCGUGCAGCCUGUGGACAUUGUCUAUGAAAAGGACAUGCUGGCACAAGCGUAUGAGCUGAUCGAAAGCUGGGGGACCAAAGGUAUUUCUCAGGCAGAACUCCGAGCUGCUAUGAAUGUGGGAAAGCUGGAAGCCCGGAUGCUGUGUCGCUUGUUGGGGAGGUACAGAGUGAUCAAGGGGUUCAUGGAGGAUGAGGGCAGGCAGCGGACAACCAAAUACAUCGCGUGCUCCUACGCAGAACAGAGCGACCUGAGCCAGCAGCUUGAGCGGGAGAAGGCAAGGAGCAAGGAGCUGGCCCAGGCCGGCGCGGCCUUUGCCCGUGAUGACAUUUUGCCCGGAGAAGGGCUGUCGCCGGCGGAGGAGAAUGAGGCGGCGGCGGCAGGACUCUCGGAACUGGAGAAGGAAGAGAACGAUGGUGCGAGGCUGAAGAGGGGCGGUGCACAGGCCCUGCCACAGCUUGGUUUUGACGGAGGAGGUGGCCUUCGCCGGUCAGCGGGAAAGAAAGCUAGGAAGAGGAGGUCAUCUCUGCUCCCUCUUGAAUACUUGGAAGGCAGGGAUUCUGCUUUGGACUGGCUAAGGCCAGAAACCAGCCUCUCAAGCUGUGCCCGUUUCAAAGCUGUCUCUGGUGAUGCUGCUGUGGUCGAGGAAGUCCAGCCCAAGACCCCCAAAAAGAGCUGUGAUGAAAAGAGAAAAGAGAAGAGCUUGCAGGCAUCUCCGGUGGAGCGAUCCCACAAGACCUACCGCCUGCUGAAACGUCGGAACCUCAUCAUUGAGGCUGUCCGAAACCUGCGCUUGAUCGAGAGUUUAUUUACGCUUCAUAAAAUGAUCAUGGAUCAGGAGAAGCAAGAAGGAGUCACCACCAGGUGCUGCAAGAAAUCCAUUGUUCGCUUGGUGCAGAAGCUCUCCCAGGAAGGCCUUCUGCGCCUUUACCGCACUACUGUUAUCCAGGAUGGCAUCAGCCGAAAGGUUGAAUUUGUGGUUGAUCCUUCCGUGACUCCUGGUGACCCACUGGUGAAAAGUGCCAUUGAACAAGUGCGUUUCCGAAUCUCCAAUUCGAGUACUGUGAACAGGACUGAAGUUCAGCAGACACCAAUGUCUCAGGACCCAAAAAGGCAGGAGUCUGGGGCUGAGGCCACCCUGAGGGAAAGGAAAGAUUGCUCUUCUCCUUGCCAAGGUGAAACAGCCAGUGAGAAGGUGUGCAUUGCCAAAUUCAGCUACCAUCCCGUUACAGUGCCAGGCCUUGGACGCUCCCUGGGCUUCCUCCCCAAAAUGCCGCGCUUAAAGAUGGCUCACCUCUUCCUCUGGUACCUGAUCUACGGACAUCCUAUCAGUCCAGAGAGGAGGAGAUCUGGCUGUGACGUGCUGGAGGAGGAUACAGGCUGUGCCGCCUCCUGCACUCCGCCUGAUGCAGCAGAUGACAAGGAGUCUCUGAGAAGCCUGGAGGUCCCUGGCCAGGAAGCAGAAAUGGAGCUUGGGGAGCAGAAAGUGUAUGUGGAUGACGCUUCCUGGAUGCAUCACAUCCCUCCUCUGCCAGUCCACCGGGAGUUUGGACAUGGCUGGGCACGUGUUAGUGACCUUCUCCUCUGUUUGCCAUUGUCCAUCUUUGUCCAGAUAGUGCAAGUCAGCUACAAGGUAGAUAACCUGGAAGAUUAUUUGAUGGAUCCCCUGAGGAAACACACGCUCAUCAGAGACCUUCCCCGAUCAGUUCGGCAGCAACUUCUUUACAAGCGGAGAUACAUCUUUUCAGUAAUGGAAAGCCUACAGCGGUUAUGUUAUAUGGGAUUACUGCAGUUUGGCCCCACAGAGAAAUUUCAAGAAAAGGAUCAGGUGUUUGUCUACUUGAAGAAAAAAGCAGUGAUCGUGGAUACCACCACCUGCGAGCCCCAUUACAACCUGGCUCAAAGCAGCCGCCCAUUUGACAGGCGCCAUUACACUUUGAGUGCUCUCCAGGAUGUGGAGAACUUCUGGUUUGACCUGCAGUGUGUCUGCCUCAACACACCCCUCGGAAUUGUCCGCCAUCCCCGUGCAAAGAGGAGUGGAGUUCUUUCUGGGGAGGCCGAUGCGCUCUCAGAUGUGGCCCUGGAGCAAGAGUCAGCGGCCCACCGACAUAACCUGGAGCGCAAGUGUGCCAUGCUGGAGUAUUCAACGGGAUGCCGGGAGGUGGAGGACGAAGGCCGGAUUCCGGGGGAUGGGCUUGGGGCAGGCGGUUUAGACUCCAGCUUUUACAGUCACUUAAAACGCAACUGGAUUUGGACAAGCUACAUCCUUAAUCAGACCAGGAAGGAAAACGCAGUUCCUGAAGCCGGGCACAUGGUCAGACUGCAGACCUUCCUGAUCAAGCGCUCCCUUCCAUUUGGCCCAGGAGGUGGCCACAGUGCGCUCUGGGGAGAGAGUCUGUUGCGUGCAGAGCCUGCUCUACAAAAAGAAGACCUGGAGGUUGAGAAAGAAGCAAACCUGAACAGAAGCCAGAGGGUGAGUGGGGGAAAGAGCCAGAAGAGGAAGCGGCUGAAGAAGGACGUGGUGAGGAAGACAAAGAGAAGGAAGAGAAAGAGAGGUGAAAAUCCUGAGGAGAAGAGCCAAAGGCCACGCUACCACGAUGAGGUGGACCGAAGGGCUCUGCAGAGAAUGACCCGCCUGCGUGUGACGUGGACUGUGCAGGAGGACAGCCUGCUGAUGCUCUGCCGCAUUGCAAGCAACAUUCUGAACACCAAGGUGAAGGGACCGUUUGUCCCCUGGCAGGUGGUCAGAGACAUCAUGCACAGCAGCUUUGAGGAAUCGCUAGACAAGACUUCUCAUUCAGUUGGGCGGCGGGCUCGUUACAUUGUCAAAAACCCUCAGAUCUAUCUCAAUUACAAAGUUUGCCUUGCUGAAGUCUACCAAGACAGAGCUCUGAUUGAGGACUUCAUGAGCAGGAAGAGCAACUAUCAGGAUCCCAAGGUUUGUUCCGAAGAAUUCAAGGCCUUUGUAGAGAGACUGAAGGAGAAGUUCAGCUCCACCCUGGGGAUUCCCAAGCCAGCAAUUCCAGACACCUUGGAGGACCUUUUCCUCAGGUUCCGAGUUCUGGCUAUUGGAAAUGAGACCAGCCAUGGCAGGAAAGAAGAUGAACUCAGCAGCAUUGCUGACAUCCACUUUCUGGUGCUGCAGAACCUGAUCCAAAGCACGCUGGCCCUCUCCAACAACCAGAUGAAGUCCUUCCAGUCCUUCCAGACCUUCCGCCUUUACCGUGACUAUCGGGAUGACGUCCUGGUGAAAGCUUUCCUGGAUUGCCAGAAGAGGGGCUUGGUGAACCGCCGCCGGGGUAAUCACAGCCUGGGCCCCAAGAAGAGCCGGGCGCUGCCCUUUGUGCCCAUGUCUUACCAGCUUUCUCAGAGCUACUACAGAGUGUUCACCUGGCGGUUUCCCAGCACCCUCUGCAGUGAAUCUUACCAGUUUCUCUUAAAGCUUAAAGAAGCCGGAAGACAGGAUACAGUUUCCAGCUUCUCCUUUAAGGACCAAGACAACCCCCUUGGGGCCGAGAUGGUGACUUUUCCUUUAGACGGGCCUGGGGGCUACUGCUCUGCCCUUCUGGCCCUCUUCUCCCUUGGCCUGGUUUCUGUGGACGUUGCAAUCCCAGAGCAAAUCGUAGUGGUUGACAGCACCAUGGUGGAAAAUGAAGUCAUUAAAAGCCUAGGGAAAGAAGGCUUGGAGGAGGACGACGACGACGAUGACGACGAUGGGGAGGAAGACCCGGGCCACAAGCGGCAGAUUGAGGUGACGGCCCGCCAGGCUUCGCGUACCAACUACCUGCUCAUGAGAGGCUAUUGUGCCCCUGGGAUCAUCAGCACCCGGAAUUUGAGUCCCACGGACAACAUUGUUGUUGAUUCUUGUCAAGUGAAAGUGAAGCUGAGAGCCACCCCUGCCCAAAGUGGCCUCUUGGCCGAAGACCCAUCUGAUCUGGAGAACAUGCCGGUUGGGGCUUCCUGCCUCCCCAGCUCCUUCACCAGACGUUUCAGGGUUCCAGAAGAGGGCGACAACACGGCUGAACCUCAGUUGCUGGAUCGUUACAGUCACAGCCCUGCUGAUGCUGCUGCAGACCUUGAAAUCCUCUCCGCCAUAGAAGCCACAUCACACUUUGGGGUCGACCGGGUGACUCUUGCCAGGCAGUUCCAGCAUUAUGAAGCUGCUGCUAGUGGUCACACUCAGGUCUUGCAGCAAUACCUUCAGGAUCUUCUUGAUUUGGAGCAGGUGUUGGAAGUAGGCGGAAAAACUACUCGGCUGGUGGCAAGGAGAUUUGCAAGUCCAUGGCUCUUGCACUCUGUGGGUCUCAAGAAUGUCAGCAACAGCCCGCCAGGCAAAGAGUCAGGCACAAAGAGGGACGGUGCUGACCAAGGACCAGAAGAAGAGCAGCAGGAGCAGCAGCUAGAACAGCCCACCUUCUCUGCUGCAGGAGCAAGAGAAGGACCAGCCAGGAAAAGGCAAAGACUAGAGGGGGAGGAAGAGGAGGAGGGGGUUCCAGAAACAGAUGCUUGCUCCUUGAGCGUGCCAUGCUGGGAAGGAACCAGCACCCCUGUGGUGCAAGAAGGCACAGCCAUACCGAAGUGCAAGAUGGGCACCCACUCCUGUGGGCAAAACGCUGUGGCCCUCCAUGGUGAAGAAGCCUUGGAUUGGGGAAAUUCAACUCAAGAGUCCUGUGAAGAUUACUCCUCAUUGCAAAAGGAUCCUGAAGUUUCCAACGGAUGUGCUGCAGGGCAGGAUUUGCAGGCGGAAGCAAGACGAGAUAGCAUCUGCUUUGUGGGGCGGCCUUGGCGCAUCGUGGAUGGUAGUCUGAACAAACCUGCCUGCAAGGGGAUCAUGGAAGGGGUGCUCUGCCACAUCAUGACAAAGCCUGGCAUCCCAGAAGCGGCCCUGCAGCACCACUACCAGGGUGUCCUGCAGCCAGUGGCUCUCCUGGAGAUACUGCAGGGCCUGGAGGCUCUAGGCUGCAUCAGGAAAUUCCACUUCAAAAAGCAGGGCGCUGCUUCACUCUUCUCAAAACCUGCCUGUGAAGAGAUGACUGCCGACAGCAAGCCAAGCGAUGCCCUGGCAGCGUUCUAUGAGCCGGCCAUCGACUGCACCUUGAAAAUGGGCAGGGUUUUCCCCUACGAACUGAACUGGAAUAAGUGGGGCCCCGGGGCUCCCCAGUGAGGCCUGUCCCGCGCGGCUCUCUUGGCAAAUAAAGCAACCUUCGUUCGUGACC